AUGCGCCGAAUUCCGCCCGCUAGCUCUUUGCUAUGGCGCUCGCUGCGUGUGUACCAGGUCUACGGCGCCAACACCGAUGUCGGCAAGACUGUCCUCUCAACCGUCCUGUGCAAAGCCGCCCGUCGGCUCUGGCGCAAUGAGGAAACGGCAUUCCUCAAGCCCGUGUCGACGGGACCCGCUGAGGCUGCUGAUGACCGGCACAUUCGAAAGUUUGCGCCUGAGAUUGCAACCAAGACCCUCUUUCAGUACGACCUCGCUGUAAGCCCCCAUAUUGCAGCUCAGUCGUCCAAAAGGUCCAUCCCCUCCGACGAGGUCAUCCUCGAAGAGAUAGCGAGGUUCGCUGGCCAACAGGCGUCUCGUGGCCCCGGAUGGCUCUUCGUUGAGACCGCAGGCGGCGUCCAUUCGCCGUCUCCCUCGGGCUCGACCCAGGCAGAUAUGUACCGGCCGCUUAGGCUGCCCGUGGUUCUCGUCGGCGACAGCAAGCUCGGCGGCAUCUCGCAGACCAUCUCGGCCUUUGAAUCGCUCAAGGUGCGCGGCUACGACGUCGAGUCGGUGCUGCUGUUCCGCGAGGCCACAUACCAGAACCACCGCUACCUGAGCGACUACUUCGGACAGCGGCACGGGAUUCCGGUCAAGAGCCUGCCGGAGCCACCCAAGCGUGUGGAGGAUGCGGCUGAGGAUACUCUGAAGCUGUCGCGCUACUACGAGGAGAGCAGCCACAGCGACGAGAUGCGCGACGUCUUGGCUCACCUGGACGCCCGCCACAAAGACCGCAUCGCUCGGCUCGAGUCCAUGAGCGCCGCCGCGCACAAAACAAUCUGGUACCCGUUCACACAGCACAAGCACCUCACUCCGGAGAAGAUCACUGUCAUCGACUCCGCCCAGGGCGACUACUUCCAGACGCUGGCCCCGCCGCCGACGACGAGCACCGCCAGCACAACCGAAACCACACCACCACCACCACCAGCAGCACAACCCACCCCGAACCGUGAUGACCCCAACCCUCGCUCGCUCCUCCACCCCUCCUUCGACGGCUCCGCCUCCUGGUGGACGCAGGGCCUAGGCCACGGCAGCCCGCAGCUCGCGCUGGCCGCCGCCUACGCGGCCGGGCGCUACGGGCACGUCAUGUUCGCCGAGGCGGCGCACGAGCCGGCGCUGGCGCUGGCCGAGGCGCUGCUGCGCGGGCUGCGCGGCGGCGGCGGCAGCGGCGGCGGUGCGGGGGGUAAUAACCGUCGGCUCGCGCGCGCGUUCUUCUCGGACAAUGGCAGCACCGGUGUAGAGGUCGCGGUUAAGAUGGCGCUGCGGGCUGCGAGGGGGCGGUAUGGCUGGGAGGGGAGAGGGAAGACGGGGGAGGGGAAGGUUGGCGUGUUGGGGCUGCGCGGGAGCUACCAUGGGGAUACGAUCGGGGCCAUGGAUUGUUCGGAGCCGGGGGUGUUUAAUGAGAAGGUGGAGUGGUAUGAGGGGAAGGGGUUUUGGUUUGCGUAUCCUGUGGUUGAGUAUCGGCGGGGCGAGUGGGUGGUGGAGGUGCCCGAGGAGAUGCGCCAUCUGUGUGGCGGCCGCGAGAGGUUCCGGUAUUCCUCGCUGUCUGCGGUCUUUGACGUCGUCACGCGCGAGCAAGGACAGCAGGGGCGGAUUUACGAGCAGUUCAUCACCGCUACGCUGGAGCGGCUAGCGGCUCAGGGACGGAAGUUUGGCGCGCUCAUGCUCGAGCCUGUCGUACUCGGGGCUGGGGGGAUGCUGUUGGUCGACCCGCUCUUCCAGCGUACCCUCGUCAAGGUCGUCCGCCGGAGCGCACACCUCCUCGGCGGCAGCGGCUCGCCGCGCACCGAUUCGCUCCCGGCCGCCGACGACGACGACGACGGCAGCACCUGGACCGGCCUACCCGUCAUCUUCGACGAGGUGUUCACGGGCCUCUACCGGCUGGGCCGCUUCAGCGCGGCGUCGUUCCUCGGCGUCGACGCGGACGUCUCGGUCCACGCCAAGCUGCUGACCGGCGGGCUCGUGCCGCUCAGCGUGACGCUCGCGUCCGAGAGCAUCUUCGCCGCCUUCGAGAGCGACGACAAGAGCGACGCGCUGCUGCACGGCCACAGCUACACCGCGCACGCGGUCGGCUGCCAGGUCGCGCUCGAGACCGUCAGGGAGAUGCAGCGGAUGGAGGCGUCCGGCGCGUGGGACUGGGCGCGGGCGUGGGCUGCGCGUGAGCAGAGCGGCGCGGCGACGGGCGAGACUCCUUCUCAGAGCCUCGCUGCGCCGCGAGACCUUGUCUGGUCAGUGUGGAGCCCGGAGUUCGUUUCCUGGGCGGGCCAGCUGCCGGAGGACUUCAUGGGCGGCGUCUGGGCUCUCGGGUCGGUGCUGGCACUUCGACUUGCCAGCGUCGAUGGCAGCCAAGGGUACAAGGGCAGCGCCGCGAAAGCUGUCCACGCGGCGCUGCUUCAGGGCCGGCCGGGUGAUGGCCGUUGGAACGUACAUAGCCGGGUGUUGGGCAACACUCUGUAUCUCAUGGCGGGCCAGAAGACGACGCAGGCCAGCAUCGAAGGUGUGGAAGCCUUGUUGCGCGGGGCGCUGCUGGAGGCUCAGGCUGCGAGGUAG